CCUACUGUGACGUCACGGCCGUGCGCAGGGCCGUUAGCAUUAGACAAUUAGCAUCAGCAUCAGGCUGUCUCUCCCGGAGGACGUGUGUCCGCCGCCGUCCUGUCAUGGAGCGGUUGGUGAGGGCCCCGUUUGUCUCCGUGAGGAGAGGCGGGGAGCGGAGGCUUCUCCUCCUGGCUGGAGUGUGCCUGCGUGGUGACAUUCGACCUGGAACUCGGACAGCUAUCGAGCUGCUUUAUCCUCAGGAUGUGAAGCUCACUGAGAAAGAGAAAACCAGUAUCUGCUACUUGUCUUUUCCAGACUCUUACUCAGGGUGUCUCGGGGACACUCAGUUCAGCUUCAGGCUCCGUCAGUCUGUGGGUAGGCGGGGCUCCUGGUUUGGAGGUGACUCAUACAACAGAAAUGCACCUGUCAACCUGCAGGUGAGACAACUUCAAACGUCACAUUUCCAUGGUUACGUGUAUUUCAGACAGGUGAAGGACGUUUCCGUGAGGAGAGGAUAUUUUCAGAAGGCCCUGGUCCUGGUCUCCAGGUUGCCGUCCGUCCUGUUCCAGUCUGUGCUGCAGAUCAUAGCUCCAGAAUUCUUGAUAAGUUGGAGCACAUGUCUUGAAGCAGUGUGCGACCAGAUUGACCAAUGGCCUUCACCGGUACCAGGACACACCCUCAGCCUGCCCGUUAUGGGCGUCGUCUUGCAGGUCCGAAUCCCAUCAAAGACGGACAAACCAGGAGGCAGUCCAGUCAGACAACCUGUGGAAAAAGACACGGUGACAGCACCGACGUCUCUACCAACCCUGCACGAGCUUGACCUUUUCAGGUGUUUCCAGUCUGUCCUGCUUCAUCUUCAGAUGCUUUGGGAGCUCAUGUUGCUGGGGGAACCUGUUGUUGUCAUGGCACCGUCGCCCACCAUGUCCUCAGAAACUGUACUUGCUCUGGUGAGCUGCAUAUCUCCUCUGAAAUACUGCUGUGACUUCCGUCCUUACUUCACCGUCCAUGACAGUGAAUUCAGAGAGUUCACCACAAGAACACAGGCACCGCCCAAUGUCAUCCUGGGUGUGACUAACCCAUUCUUCAUGAAGACGUUCCAGUGCUGGCCUCACGUCAUCCGGCUGGGAGAACCCCGGAUGUCAGGUGAUUUGCCCAAACAGGUGAAGGUGAAGAAACCAUCCAAGCUGAAAACCCUGGACACCAAACCAGGAGUGUACUCAGAUUAUAGAACAUUUCUCCACAAAGACAAGAUCCUCAUCAAACGGCUGUUAAAGGGCAUCCAGCGGAAGAGGCCGUCGGAGGUGCAGAGCACCAUCCUGAGGAGGUAUCUGGUAGAGCUCACGCACAGUUUCAUCAUCCCCUUGGAGCGCUACAUGGCUGCUCUGAUGCCGCUGCAGAGGUCUGUGAUGCCUUGGAAGACUCCCCCUCAGGUCCGAGUGUUUAGUCAGGACGACUUCAUGUCCACGCUGGAUCAGACGGGUCCUAAGCUGACGUCAGUGCUGGGAGGUGACUGGGCGGGGCUAUACAGGAAGUUCUUCAGGUCUCCAAACUUUGACGGCUGGUAUCGUCAGCGGCACAGAGAGAUGACUCAGAAACUGGACUGUCUUCACCUGGAGGCCAUCUGUGAAGCUGACCUGUUGGACUGGAUCAAAGACAAGUCUGAGGUGGAAAUCGUGGACCUGGUCCUCAAACUCAAAGACAAGCUGGUGAAAGCUCGGCGGCAGCAGCUGACGGUGAAGGACGGCGUUCUGGACAAACUGGACGGUUUUAUUGAAACCAUCAUGAGUUCGCUGCCCAACGACCUGCAGACCAUAAUGAACGCUCGCUGAGCAGGCUGUUGUCACGGUAACAGAACCCUUGGCUGACCAUCAGGUUUCCUGUGGAUGAAGUCACACUGUUGCCAUAACAACAAACUGUAAACGAUGUCUGGACCUUCUAUUUAUUUUUUGUCUCACGUUCAGUCAGCUGACGCUUUGUA